CAGACAGCAUAACAUAACAUCACAGCUCCGAAAUUCAGAACGGUUUGUGUAGUGUGUGCGAGAAGAAGCGUCGUUUUUCGGCGUUCUCGUCAAAAUAAAAUACUUUCAAAGCACACAAAGCAAAGUUUAGGGGCAAAGUAAAACGACGACCAAAAGAACGAUAUAGCGGAAGAUGAAAACCGCCGUCAUUUGUCAAUUAGCACCGCACGCUCGUACGAUUGGAUAAAGCUGCUAGUCGACAUUUCUGAUCGGGGCAUCGUCACGAAGCCACUAAUCGCAAUCGCAUCAUCCAGAUGGAAUUUUUCGCACAACUAGAAUAAUUAACAUUUAACAGUCGGUGCGUGAGUGUUGAAAAUUAUUGCAUUUAAAGGGACCAAGUGCUAGUUUUUUGCGGAUCAAGAAGUGUAACAAUUUUACGCGAGAAGAGAGUUACGUCGUACGCGUAGUUCCGAUAUGGGUUGCUUCGAGAGCAAACCGUCCGAUCAGCACCAACCUACGGCCGUCCGUGGUUGUACGGACAUUUUCUGGCUUGUUGUGUACGUAGUAUUCUGGAUAGCUUUGCUGGUGAUCGCAGUUUUUUCGUUCGUGUACGGCAACCCGCUCAGGAUCAUCAAUGGAUAUGAUUCGUUUGGCAACACGUGCGGCGUUAAAAGUAAUGAACGGUUCGCACAUUUUCCGCUUUCGGGGAUGAGCACGGUGGAUAAGCCGUACGUAUUUUUUCUGGACAUUAAGGAAUUACGCCAAACACUAAAGAUAUGCGUCAAAGAAUGUCCCAAGAAGGAGAUUGUUUCUGCUACCGAGUUGUAUCGGUACUACGAGGAUAAUGGUGCCAAAUAUUGUCGAUAUGAUUUUAAUAUGAGCCUUUUGACUUCCCCCGAAGCCAAUGGACCAAAGUUUUUCGCCUUUGCCGGACCAUGCCCCAAGUUACCGGUUUACGAAUCUUCGCCAGUUCUACACAGAUGCAUACCGACCGGAAAAAAUGCGCCUCUGAAUAGUGUGAAGGAUAUGUACGCCCUGAUUAAUUCUUGGGGAGCAGCUCAACAAGUAUUUAGUGAUCUGUAUAAAACAUGGCCUACAAUCGUUUUGAUUUGCGCGCUCAGUUUGAUUUUCUCCAUAAUUUUGAUCACUAUGUUACACGUGCUGACAUCCAUCAUUUCGUGGUUGAUUUGCAUCUUCGUUGCCGUAGCCAGCAUCGGAAUCACUGCUGUGCUUUGGUGGAGCUACUACAAAGCGAAACAUACUUUGGAUACGGAUCAAAAGCUGUCCUAUUUGGAGGAGCUGGUGCGCAAUGAAACAACCAUCUAUGUGCUAGCCAUUUUGGCGACAUUUAUCAUGAUUAUCUUGCUGGUGAUUAUUUACUACCUACGCGAAAAGCUCAGUGGCUUGGCAGCACUUUUUGAGGAAGCCGGAAAGUGUAUGAUCCAAUUGCCAGGAUUGGCUGGUCCUCCGUUCCUUGCCUUCAUCGCUUUGGCAGUUUUCCUCACAUUUUGGGUUGUAGUGAUAGUCUGCCUAGCAACGGCCAACUAUCCGAAUGUACGCCCAUUGCUACCGUUCACUCAGCUCAAGGAAAAUCCCAACAAGACUGAUACCGCUGCCAAACCGGAUAUGACCAUCAACAACAAUACCUAUAAGUCAUUCGAUCUGGUCGAGUACCCGGAAGCCGACUAUUUGCGCCAUAUGCUGUGGAUCUACAUCAUUGGGUUGGUUUGGACCACCGAGUUCAUCUUCGCCUGUCAGCAACUGGCAAUUGCGGGUGCCGUCGCUUACUGGUACUUUGGCAAACAAGCCGAUACGCCCGUGCUGCACGCCAUCGCCAAACUGGUGAAGUAUCAUCUGGGCUCCGUUGCCAAGGGUUCAUUCAUCAUCACCCUAUUCAAAAUUCCUCGGCUCAUUUUGACCUACCUUUAUACGAAAUUGAAACGUCACCAGCAGGAAGGUUCCGAAUGCGCUAGCUGUUGUCUCAAGUGUUGCAUCUGCAGUUUCUGGCUAUUGGAGAAGUUUAUCAGAUAUUUGAACCAUAACGCGUACACCGUGAUUGCCAUCGAAAGCGUUAACUUUUGUCCGGCUGCAAAGAUUGCAUGGAAUGCACUUGUUACCAAUGCACUCCAAGUGGCAACGAUCAACGGUAUUGGUGAUUUUGUACUAUUCUUGGGAAAACUGGCUGUUGCCGCUCUGUGCGGGUUGAUCAGUAUCCUUAUGCUUAGGGAUAAUCCAGACGUUCAUUUCUACAUGGCACCAGUAAUUAUAAUAACGAUUUUCUCGUUUUUCGUGGCACAUAUUGUCCUUUCUCUUUAUGAGAUGGUGGUAGAUACUCUUUUCCUGUGUGUUUGUGAAGAUCGCACCAUCAAUGGCAACCAAGGUCGCUGGAAGGAAAGCAACUUAGCACGACUGCUCGGUGAAAACCCCGAGGAACCAGAUGCGGUCGAAGCACCCAUGCAGGUGGUCGAAAUGACACCCAUCACCAAGCAGCCGUUUUCAAUUCAAAACAUCCAAAUGACUGAAAUCGAAAACAAAGCCUAAAGCAAGCAACGAUCAUCGCAAUACGAUUGAUUGAUUUUACUUAAGUAGAAUGUGUCAUACCUCAAAAAGAUGUUCAGAAAACACAAUACACAUUCACCUCAAAAAGACAAAAAAAACGGCACAAUAUUGCAAAUUGCAACAAAUUCAAACUGCUCUCAAAAGCAACAUAGAAUUUAGCCAACCAAUAACUCUCCUCCGAUGGCAAAGCUUAUCGAUAUAAAUGUGCUUUACUAACUACCAACAAAAAAAUGCCAAUACUGUGGCUACGAAGAUAAUCUGUAAGCUUAAAGUUAUGAACAUUGUGUUAACACCUCGAAUGUAUGACUCUGCAUACGGGAGAUUCAUUCCAUCCAUUCAGAAUAUUUCGUAAAAUAUUCGUUGAAAUCAUUCAAGGUUUCAUGCAUUGUCAUUUAAAGCUCAAAUUUCACGUUUAACUAUACGCUAUUUAUUAUACAAAAAUCUAACAUUUUAAACUAUCCUUCUAUCCGUCAUUAGAAAUCCCAUUUCGUCGCUAUCAGAGGCAGAUUUAUUUGAAACAACAUCUUCCAUUCACUAAACAAACAUGAGUUCCCAUAAAACAAAAGUUAACCACACAAAAGUUAAUUUGCCAAUCGUGUUAAAGAGUUUAUUUUUUUAUCAGAUUUUAUAUCAUCAUCAUCAUCAUUGAAAAAGUUUAUAGUAUAGUUAUUAAAGUUCAAUAGAUUCUAACACAAAUGUGAACCAGCGAAGGAAUCGUUUUGAAAUUAUAUGUUUGCUUUAUAUACAUAACAUAGUAUUUAUACAACGAUUUUCAAUGUAAACACAAUAAAUUUGGAACUCAAUAAAUUUAUAUGCCAAUAUUCA